AUGGCGACAUCAUCUCCAAUUCAACCAUUCGAUCCAUUCACCCAGAACGUCACCUUCCGUCUACAGGAUGGCACAGAGUUCCCAGUCUCAGUAAAAGCCCUGGAUGUCUUUGUCAUGUACAAUGUCCGGGUAUGCAUCAAUUACGGUUGCCAGUUUGGAGCGUCAUUCGUAUUGCUGGUGAUUCUUGUGCUUUUGACCCAAUCCGACAAGCGCCGUUCGGCGGUUUUUAUCCUGAACGGCCUGGCCUUGUUCCUCAACAGCUCACGUCUGCUUUUCCAAGUCAUCCAUUUCUCCACUGCAUUCGAACAGGUAUACCCAUACGUCUCCGGCGACUAUUCAUCCGUGCCGUGGAGCGCAUACGCCAUUUCCAUCGUGGCUGUCGUUCUCACUACGCUAGUCGUCGUCUGUAUCGAAGCAUCGCUUGUGAUUCAGGUCCACGUGGUUUGCUCCACACUACGUCGUCGAUAUCGACAUCCUCUCCUGGUGAUAUCUAUUCUGGUCGCCCUGGUGCCGAUCGGAUUUCGCUGUGCAUGGAUGGUUGCGAACUGCAAGGCCAUCAUUAAUCUCACAUACACGAAUGAUGUAUGGUGGAUAGAAAGCGCAACCAACAUCUGCGUCACUAUCAGCAUCUGCUUCUUCUGUGUCAUCUUUGUCACCAAGCUCGGAUUCGCCAUCAAACAGCGCCGCCGACUCGGAGUGCGCGAAUUCGGUCCGAUGAAAGUCAUCUUUGUCAUGGGCUGCCAGACCAUGGUUGUCCCCGCCAUCUUCUCCAUCACCCAGUACUACGUCGUUGUGCCAGAGUUCUCCUCCAACGUGGUGACCCUGGUCGUCAUCUCACUCCCACUCUCAUCAAUCUGGGCCGGCGCCGUCCUCGAGAACGCACGACGUACCGGAAGCCAAGAUCGUCAACGCCGACGCAACUUAUGGCGGGCCCUUGUCGGCGGUGCUGAAAGUCUACUGUCUCCCACAAAGGACAGUCCAACGAGCCUGUCUGCCAUGACUGCUGCGCAGACUCUGUGCUACUCGGACCACACCAUGAGCAAGGGCUCACCCACGCGGGACACCGAUGCUUUCUAUGGAAUAUCAGUUGAACACGAUAUUUCGAUCAAUCGUAUUCAAAGGAACAAUUCAAUCGUGUGA